UGACGGCAGUCGACUGAACCCCCCGGCAGAGUUGGCAUUGCAGUUUCAGCGCUUCUUCCUCUCCCGCAGGCGUGCAACUUUUUUUUCCUUCCUCCCUCCUGCGGCGUCUCCCUACUUUUCGAACGGGGCAAAAAACGGGCGGCGAAGUCAAGAGUGAUGUCACGUGCAGACGCGCCUGCCUGGCAAGGUGAAAUCGGUUUUUGGUGAGUGGUGCUCCCCACGACCAGCGUUGCCCUUUCCAGAGGCGCGGAGCUGCGAAAGAUGGUAAUCACCGCUACCACCGCCUCAAGCUCUACCGCCCUCUCUCCGUCCUUUUCUCCGCCGCGCUCGGGCCGCCGUUCCAUGCCCGAAACCCUGAUCUGCCUUCCAAAAAUACGCCUCUGCCACCAUGCUGAAGGAAGAAAAACAAGAAGAGGGGUAUUUUUAGGGCCGUUAAUUUUGACCACGUGCCCCGAAGGUAAACCGGAUGACCAUUGCGCAAAGGCUCCUCGUCGGUAUGUCCAGCGAGGCCAGCGCGCACUGGACGCUGCCCGCGAUUGUUCUCCUGGGGUUCCUGGUCGGAAUUGUGUCAUCAUAUCCGAUUCCGAGCAGGACUAAUGCACCUUCGCUGGAGAAACGGUGGGAGACCAUGCUCUCCCGGUCCCUUCUGAGGGCCCCCGGGGAGAAAUCGGACCUGAACUGGGAGACUGAGUAUUUGUUGGGCAUCAAGAGAGUGCGGAAGCUUUACUGUAACGUGGGCAUCGGGUUUCACCUUCAGAUCCUCGCGGACGGCAGGAUAAGCGGCGCGCACAUGGAAAACCAGUACAGUCUAAUAGAAAUCUCCACGGUAGAGCGGGGAGUGGUUAGCUUGUUUGGGGUGAAAAGUGGCCUGUUUGUCGCAAUGAAUAGCAGAGGACGGUUGUACGGAACGGCGGUCUUCCGGGACGAGUGCAAGUUCAAGGAGACCCUGCUGCCAAACAACUACAACGCCUACGAGUCUUCCUCCUACAGCGGCUUCUACCUGGCCCUGAGCAAGCACGGCCGGCCCAAGCGCGGGAACAGGGCCACCACCGCCAUGACGGUCACACACUUCCUGCCGCGGCUCUGAGCCACACACGCAAUAAAUCACUCAUUUGCACAUACGGACAUUCUCCCAGGUAAUAUAUAUAUAUAUGUGUUUAUAUAUAUAUAUGUUAAUGCAAACUGACUGCACAAACUCUAUAGAGCGAUAUUUAUCCGUGUCUUUAUGUGUAUAUUUGGGUAGGCGCGCCUCUUGUUAGACCUGUGCUGCUGCUCUUUAACCUGGGCCCCGCCCCCUCCCUUCCCACGGGUGGUGCUGAUUGGGUGAGACUUGGCCCUGACGCGUUGGAGUGACUUUUGACUCGUUAGCUGAACUGUCAGUCAAACGGAUGAUUAUUACCUCACAAACCCCCCCACCCCAGAGCUUGGCUGGUCUCUCCACACCUUCUCUCUGCCCCCCCCCCCCCAGCCCCCCACCCCCCCUCAGCUGUAGCAAUGACACUGAAGCACUUUAGAUGCACCCCACCCCCCCCACCCGUCCCCACCCCCUACCAGCCAUAAGAUGGUGCUUUUAAGCUUCCAAACUCCCAGAACAGCCCUCCUGCCCUGACUGUCUCCGGAGUUGUUCCUCUUUCCUGUCAAAAGCUGUCAGAAUUAAAUUAAGGUCAAAUUAAAGUAAAACUACAACUAUUAACUAUACAGUGAUAACAAUGCUAAUAGGGUUUGGUUCAGUGGUUACAGUUUAGGGCUUUGCGAAAUGGAUUUGGUUUAGUGCUACUGGAAUUCUAAGAGGUGUCCAUCACCUGCCUGAAGGACCCUUCCCACAGGUGUCCAUCGCCUGUCUGAAGCACCCUUCCCACAGGUGUCCAUCGCCUGCCUGAAGGACUCUUCCCACAGGUGUCCAUCACCUGCCUGAAGGACCCUUCCCAUAGGUGUCCAUCACCUGCCUGACGGACCCUUCCCACAGGUGUCCAUCACCUGCCCGAAGGACCCUUCCCAUAGGUGUCCAUCACCUGCCCGAAGGACUCUUCCCAUAGGUGUCCAUCGCCUGUCUGAAGGACCCUUCCCAUAGGUGUCCAUCGCCUGUCUGAAGGACCCUUCCCAUAGGUGUCCAUCGCCUGUCUGAAGGACCCUUCCCACAGGUGUCCAUCACCUGCCCGAAGGACCCUGAGGCUGUCCUGCAGCAGCAGGUCUGAGAACAAGAGUGACAGGCUGCGCUCCAAACCGCAUACGAGCACUAAAGCACUAAAGCACCGCUUGCACUACAUUUCAGGCUGAUUUUCAUUGAAAUGUAGUACGAGCAGGAUGCCAAGUAUGUGAUUUUGAACACAGCCACAAGUGGCUGAGCAGAGGAGCCAUGACAGGAUGCCAGGCCAAAACAUAAAGGAAGAAGGAGAGAGAGGGAAUGAGAUAGAGAGGGAGGGAGAGAGAGACGAAAGGAGAGUCAGGGUGAAGGGUUGAAUAUAAGGCUCAGUGCUCUAUUCCAGGGAUGCUCAAUCUCACCCAGAGAGGGCCGGUGUGGGAGCAGGCUUCUGUUCCAACCCAGCAGCGACACGCCUGACUCGACUAAUCAACCACAGAGUCUUUGCUGAGGACCGUGCUCAGUAGAGUCAGGUGUGUGACUGCACAAUCCUGCACCCUGUCUGGGUGAGAUUGAGUAUCCCUGCGUGCACACAGAACCCCCCCCCCCAGUGAAAUGUCCCCUCGGUGCGACAGAAAAGGAGCGGGCCUAUUUUAAUCUGCUGGAGCCCGGUCAGAGCUCCUCACAGGGCCCUGCUGUUUGUGCAGCUCUACAGGUCCCGCCAGGUCAGCUGUCUCUGUAAAACCGCCAGGCAGCGACGCCGGAAGGCCUUAAGAUUCCCUCUCUCCCUCCCUCUCCCUCUCCCUCUCCCUCUCUCUCCCUCUCCCUCUCCCUCUCUCUCCCUCUCC